ACCGGUCACCGUCCUCGUCGAACCUGUCGCUUGCGACGAAGGGCUCGACGAGUAAAUUAACUCUCAGACACAGCCCACUGAGUUUCUCGCCGGAUCUUCUCAGUGGGUCGCGUUUCCGAUCCGGUGGUAGAUUCUGCGAAGCACGGCUCUUGCUAGGGUUCAAUUUUGGCUCCCGGGACCUGGGCGGGCCCCCGAUGCGCACUCUGCGUGCCGUGGGUGCGUCUGUGGGGGAGUUUUGCUGGACUUCCACCGGGCGCGUCCGUAGGUGGCGGAUAACGGGCCUCUGGGAGCAGUCAUACUCCCAGGGGUAUCGCUCCUUCUCUCUCGUUGUGUUAUGGCGGGAGAGAUUGAGCGACGUGGACCAAAACCAGCAGGGGGGGUUCUGGGCUCUCUGCGCCCUUCACCUAGUUGAAGGGUGUUUCUUCCGGGGAUGCCCGGGCCCCCGACUUCUUCCUUAUUAUUUUGAGUUUGUUUUUACUGUCUUUUUGUUUUCUUUAUAUUUUUGAUUUAAUUUAUGUUGAGUUUGUCUGUCCUUAUCUUCGUUGUUAUUUUGUUCUUUGUGUUUUGUUUGUUUACUAUCUUCACUCUUGUACUGUUGGUUACAUUUUUAUGUUAGAUUUUGUUAUAUUUUCCACUUCUUUCUUUCUUUAUUCUCACCCAAUCCCAAGUUUUGACGCCCGGCAACGGGACGAAUGGCUGGUGGGAGACCAGUCUCGAGGGCGUCCUAGGGGACCGCACCCUAGGUAAAUAAAAAUAAAAAAGCAUGAGCAUGUCCAGCCUGAAAAAGUUAUUACCCCAGGAGGGUACCUCUUGCUCUGCGGGAGGAGAAUCCCUCCGUGCGGUCGAGAAAUCGGCCGCACGCUGCCCCUCGUAUUCUGGGGGGGGCACAAGCUGUUCCGGGAAAGAGUCCGAGAAGGACGGGGAGAAAAGGAAGAGGUCCACAAGGGACGAAAGAGAAACGGUGCAAAACGAAGACCGCAGGAGAGAAAGCAGCGUUUGCUCGGAGGACAGCAUGGUGGUCAGCUCCUGCUGUUCAUCACCAAAGAGAACGACGCGCAAAAGGGCAAAAGGCUCGAAGAACGCAAGCUCCGACAGCAGUACCGAAUCGGAGGCGUCUAGGUCAGGAUCGUUGGUGUCCAGGACCAGACCAUCGAAGAGAGGCCGAGGUCGUCCUCCAACGACCGGCCAAUACGUGGGAUUGGCGGCGGCGAAGCAGGCAUACUUAAAAGCUCAACGUGAAGAGCUGGAGCUUCGCGCUGAACAGGAGGUAGUGGAAAGCGUGCACAACCUGCGUGAGAAGAGGCGCGCAGUACAUUUAAUAUCCGGGAACAUAACAGCAGAUCCCGCGACUAGGCUCCAGGAGACCGCCCAGAUGGCCCUUACCAUCGCGGCGAAAGCGCGCAAUCCGAAGGGGACGUACAUCAAAGCCCUUAAGGAGAUGGCCACAACAAUAAAGGAGGCCACGGAAGAUCUAGCUUCCAGAUCGGCCAACGAGGAAACCCUGAGGCUGCAGGCACUCAGCGAGAGACAGGAGGCGGAGAUCCUGCAGCUCAGGAAGGAAGUAGAGGACGUAAGAGCGGAAAUGGUGCGCCUCGCUCAGACGACAGCGCAGCCCACUCCCGCCCCAACACUGCCAAACGAAGACGACGAGCGACGCCUGCAGAUAAUCAUGCGAGCAGUCGGGUCCAUGCUGGACGCCCGACUCGCGGGUCUGGAGGCCCGUCUACUCCCAGAGCCUCGCUUGCGACCACCUUUGGCCGCUGACGCAAGAAGGAGGAGCAGAGAGAGCGAAAUCGAUCCAGACACUGCAGGUCUUGUGUCGGAGGCAACGCCGCCUUAUGCGGCUCUGCCCCAGCUUGAGACCAACAAGAAAGUGAAGCCCAAGAAACAGAAGGGCAAUAACAAGAAGACGACGCCGUCAGCUCCACCCGAGCCACCAGCUCCACCCGAGCCGCGCGCAUUCCCUCCGGCCCCCGCUGCCCUUACGGUCAGUUGGGCGACCGUUGCGCGUAGAGGAGCACGGCCGAGAAGGGAAAAGGAGCCAGCACCGACGACCAACGCGGAAGGCCAACGAGACAGAAACCCUGCCCCGCUCAAGCCUAAGAAGAAAGGUAGAAAGAAGAGACUUCGAGCUCCGCGCUCGCAGGCCGUUAUUCUGAGGCUGCACCCGGAGGCCAUCGAAAAGGGGCUCUCCUACCGGGAGGUGCUCGCCGAGGCGAGGGCCAGCAUCGACGCCGGAGCCUUAGGGAUCCCCAUCGAGAAGGUCCGGUCAGCAAUAACCGGAGCCAAAAUACUCAUAGUGAGCGGCGAGGACCAGAUCGCGAAGGCCGACUUGCUGGCCGAGAAGCUUAAGGAGGUUCUCUCUUCUAAGAGAGUAACGGUGACAAGACCGAUAGUGACCGCUGCAAUCCGCAUAAGCGGACUUGACGAUUCGCUGACGGAGGAGGAGAUAUGCACCGAGCUUGCGCGCAUCGGCGAAUGCUCCGUCGAUGCAGUCAAGGCUGGCUCUAUCAAGCCCGGAUCCGGAGGAAUGGGCCAGGUUCUCGUUCGUUGCCCGAUAGCAGCGGCGAAGAAAAUUGUUACAGUGACGAAGCUGCGCAUCGGGUGGAGCGUUGUUCGCGUCCACCUGCUGGAGGCCCGGAGGCUACAAUGCUUCCGCUGCCACGCGUUGGGCCAUGUGGGUGCGCGGUGCCCGUCGUCGGUCGACCGCAGCCACGACUGCUACCGGUGCGGACAGACCGGCCACGUGGCAUCCGGAUGCACACUGGCACCGCGAUGCGCCGUCUGCGCCUCCGCCGGGAAACCAGCGGAACACACUUCGGGGGGCAAGGCCUGUGCAAGGCCCCCGAGAAAACCAAGGAGAGAGGACGUCGCUGCACCCGCGGCCGCACCCGUUGCUGCAGACCGAAGUCAACUCGGCGAGACGACGACUCCGAUGGACGUCCAGCCUCCGUCGGGCACAAGGAAGACCGGGGCUUUAUGAAGAACCGGGCAUGCCGAUGAACCGAGGAGGAAGUCGUGAGGAGGAGGUCGUGGACCUCGGUUCGUAGGCAGUGAAGGCGGAGCGGGUGGUGCGGGCAGAAAGCCCCCACCCGGCUCCUGCAGGGGCCGUCGAUUGCUGGGUGCGGGGGCGCCCGGUGCUCGGCACUAAGGUCCUGUGGGGUGGUGGUGCGCUGUGGCUCUGGUGCGCCCCUCACGAGUCG